CUGAAGCCUCCCGGCCACGAAGCGCGGGGCCCGGAUCUGCCUGCACGUCCAGGACCAACACGCCAAAGGGCACCAGCUCGGCCCCACGGUGCAGGCGGGGCGAGGGGCGCCUGCCAUACCUGCGGCUCAGAAGAGCCCCAGCGAAAGGGGAAGGAACUGGACCUGCAGGCGGGACCCAGGCUGCCGGGGGUGGGGGAGGAGAAGGCUCUGGAUUCUCGCCUUCCUCUUCCUGGAGCCGUUGCCAGCCCCCUGCCCGCCCGCCGGCCGCCAGCGCCAGGACACAAGGACUCCUUCCCUUUCCAGCCUGGAAAGCCCCCUCCCUGCCCCCCCAUCCUGAGCUGCGGGCCUGGAGGAGGGGCCUGGAGCCCCCAGCAGCCUUCCCCUUGCAGGACCCGCCCCCCCCCCCUGCUAGGGGUGUCUAUGGAUGCGUGUCCUGGGGGAGGAGGCCCCGCAGCCCCCCUGGGCUGGCCCAGCCUGGCCGCUGCCCACUGGGGGGGGGGGUGCCAGGGCCUCGCCUGGGCAGACACUCUCAGGACCCCGGUCGGACCCCUCCCUGGGAACCCGCGUGCUGGCACAGGUGUCCUGGAAGGUUUGGGUAGCGGGGGGGGGGGGGGGGGUGGCCCAAUGAGAAGCAGCAGGAGAAACCUCAGCCUCCGGGCAGAGAGCUGAGCGCAGCAGGUCUGCAGGGUGAGGGGCUGGGAGCCCACAGCCGCCGGGUGCAGGCGAUGAAAGAAGUGCCCUCCCAGGUGCAGCUGUGAUUGCAGGGUGCCUCCCCGGCGGGCGGGCGGCGGCCGUGAUUGCAGGACCCGGGUCUGCUGGGUGACCGACUCUGGGAGCCGCGGCUGAAUGAUGCCGGGCGUGGCUGUGCCCAGAAGCUGGGGGCCCUGGGGGGCCUGGUCUGGCGUCGCCCUGCUCUCGGCCCUCUGGCUGCUGUGGCUGUUCUGGAGGGCUCCUGGGGGAGUCCCCGCGCCCCAGCGCACGCUCACCAUCCUGGUCUGGAACUGGCCCUUUGCCCACCGGCCCCCGGAGCUGCCCAGCGACACCUGCACCCGCUACGGCAUGGCGCACUGCAGCCUGAGCACCAACCGCAGCCUGCUGACCCGCGCCGACGCCGUGGUCUUCCAUCACCGCGAGCUGCAGACCCGGCGGGCCCGCCUGCCCCUGGGCGAGCGGCCGCGGGGCCAGCCCUGGGUGUGGGCGUCCAUGGAGUCGCCCAGCCACACGCGUGGCCUCGACCGUCUCCGAGGCGUCUUCAACUGGGUGCUGAGCUACCGGCGGGACUCGGACAUCUUCGUGCCCUACGGCCGCCUGGAGCCCCGGGAGGGGCCCGUGCCCCCGCUGCCCGCCAAGAGCCGGGUGGCCGCCUGGGUGGUCAGCAACUUCCAGGCGCAGCAGCGGCGCGUGCAGCUGUACCGGCAGCUGGCGCCCCACCUGCCGGUGGACGUGUACGGCCGAGCCAACCAGCGGCCGCUGUGCGCGGACUGCCUGCAGCCCACCGUGGCCCGCUACCUCUUCUACCUGGCCUUCGAGAACUCGCAGCACCCCGACUACAUCACCGAGAAGUUCUGGCACAACGCCCUGGCGGCUGGCGCCGUGCCCGUGGUGCUGGGGCCCCCGCGGGCCUCCUACGAGGCCUUCGCGCCCCCCGACUCCUUCGUGCAUGUGGACGACUUCGGCUCGGCCCGCGAGCUGGCCGCCUUCCUCCUGGGCAUGAACGAGAGCCAGUAUCGCAGCUACUUCGGGUGGCGGGAACGGUUUCGUGUGCAGCUGUUCAACGACUGGAGGCAGCGCUUCUGCGCCAUCUGCGCCCGCUACCCCCACCUGCCCCGUGACCAGGUCUACCAGGACCUUCAGAGCUGGUUCCAGGCCUGAGCGCUGCUGGCAGUGGCAGGGGGGAGCGGGCGGGGUGGGUGGACAGCCAGGUGUUUCAAGCAAAAGCCGGGCAUCUGGCUCCCACAGGCAACCAUCCGGCUAAUGUGCAGGCUGGAGUCAGAGGCCAGGGCGCAAGGACGAGGGAGGAGCGGGGCAGUCUGGGCAGGCUGCCUGGAGGAGGAGGCAUCUCUGGCGGAGGCGAGAGCGGCGAGGGAAUUAGUGGGGUGCAUGCUGUGGAGGUGGAUCAGAACAGAGGCCACUGAGAACCCUGCCCCCAACCUUGAUCAAAUCGUGGGUAGGUCAAGGCUGUCCCUGGACAUGGCGAUGCGGGGACAUGGGGCUGAGACAGGCCCGAAGCAGGGUCCUAUGGUUUGUGGGGGCAAAACCUGUCCCCCCCCAAGCCUCCUCUGUACCCAAGGUCCCUUGGACCAGGGUGCCAGCCACAUUGCCCACUCCGACCACGGUUCCGGAGCCCGGUGUGCAGCCUGGAGCUGGCCGGGGCAUGUGCUGGCCGGGCCAGGCUGCUCAGGGCUUCUUGCAGCCCCAAUCCACUCGGGAGGGGCCAGCGACAAUAAAGAAACACAAGACGAGGACGGCACGUGUCGCCUGUGGGAAGCACAGGGCCCCACGGAUCUGCCACCCCAGCCACACAGGCCUCCUUGUCCCUCCAGGGAUCCGCCCGCGCCGCCUCAAGGCCUCGCACUCCCUCUGCCUGAGCCGCCCUUCCCUGCAAACUCUGCCC